AAACUAAAAGUUUUAGCAGUGGAUUUAGUUGUUCAAAAUGAGGAUGUCAGUGAUUUGGUCAGUCUGAGGUGAUCAUGAUCAUACAUGAUCAUACAGGCAGGAUAUAUCUCGGCACACGCCAUCAGAAGUUGUGAUUGUGAUUUGUUCUUUUUAACUCUUUCUUUUCUCUGUGAACCGGGUUCUAGGCUGAACACAGUGAACGAGAGUUCAGUUGCCGUGGUUACCACACGCUCCAGGGAGGUGUACUUCUGGGGCGGAGGCAAGUUCACCCCACAAAAGCUCGACAUGCUGAAGGCUGGCAGCAGUGCCCAGCACGUGUGUGCCGGGGAGACCCACUUCGCCGUCGUUUCGGUUGAGAAGGAAUUAUACACUUGGGCGAGUGUGCAGGGUGGGGCAAAGAUGGUCGGUCAGUUGGGUCAUGGAGACCAGUCUUCUUAUCGGCAACCGCGGCGGGUGGAGCGUUUGCAGGGGAAGGCCAUCCGUCAGGUGUCCUGCGGAGCAGACUUUACCGCCUGUGUCACCGAUGAGGAUCAGCUGUACCUGUUUGGCUCCGACUACUAUGGAUGCAUUGGUGUGGAGAGUGAGCGGGGCAUGGAGGUGCUGGAGCCGGUGCUGUUGGACUUCUUUCAUGAGCGCCCUGUGCGUCAGGUGUCCUGCGGGGACAACCAUGUGGUGGUGCUCACCCACAGCAGGGACAUUUACUCUUGGGGCUGCGGAGAGUAUGGGCGGCUUGGGCUGGAUUGUGAGGAUGACUUCGCCUCCCCAAUGCAAGUGGAGCUGCCUAAAAGUGCAACCAUUGAAACUGUGUGCUGUGGUAGUGAUGGAACAUUCUUCCUCACAGAAUCUGGGAAGGUUUUAGCCUGUGGAAACAAUGAGUUCAACAGGCUGGGUCUCAACCAGGGCAUCACUGGCCUCAAGCACCAGCCUGGGGAGGGUUACCAAGGAGUGCCAUAUACAAUCACACCCACCCUUGUGAAGCAGCUGGCUCGCUUCAAGAUCCACAGUAUUGCUCCUGGGAAGACCCAUACAGCAGCCAUAGAUGAGAGAGGUCGUCUGAUGACUUUUGGCAGCAACAAGUAUGGACAACUUGGGGUGAAGGAUUUUAAGAAGCACCAGGGUGUCCAACUGCUUGUUGGUCCUUUUGGGGGAAAGGGCAUCACCAAGGUUUCCUGUGGAGAUGGGUUUACUGUCGCAGCAACUGAAGACAAUCAGAUAUUUGCUUGGGGGAAUGCUGGCAAUGGGCGGCUUGGGAUGCCUCCAGACCGAGGCUUUGGGUCCGAGGUGUGCCCUGCCCUUCCCCGACCCAUCUUCGGCUCUCUCCAUCAUGUGCCCGACCUGUCCUGCCGUGGGUGGCACACCAUUCUAAUCAUGGAAAAGGUCCUCAAUUCAAAAACCAUCCGGUCCAACAGCAGUGGGGUGUCCAUUGGCAGUGGUGUUAGUCAUGAAUCCACUGCCACGGUGGACCUGGACGCGGUCCAGGGCUCGGCAGACACAGAGCUGCGCGAGGGAACCUUGGGGAGAACGGUGGAGGCUGACAUGGAGGACCGAUACCUGGAGUCCCCCCUGAUGUCCAUAACUAACCAAACAGGGAACAGCUCUUGUCCCUUCUGGCUGCGCAAGGAACUGCAGGAUGCAGAGUUUAUCCCCAUGCCAGCCAGCUCCAGCUCCACGUCUAACCCUUUGGCCCCCGCUUACUCGGAGAGUGCCACCCUCCCUUAUGAUGAGCUCCAGGAGUUGAAGGCUGCAGCUGGUGCAGUAAAAGGCUGCUCGCAGGUAGGCCAGUCGGGUUGCGAGAAGGUCAGUGGUAUGACAGAGAGUGAAGCCUGCGAGCAAAGUGGACAGCAGCAGCAGCCAGGUCUCAGAAUGUCCUGCUGCCAGGCCAGCAGUGACCUUGAAGAGCUUAAAGAAAUCGUUAACAGGCAAGAGGCAAUGAUUCAGUUGUUACAGAAGCAGUUCAGUGACCAGCUGAAGGAGAAUGAAAAAUUAUGGGAAGCCAUUCAGAAUAUGACAGUCAGCUGUCCUGUCGAUGCACAAACAAAUCAGCACUUAAGUCGUCCGUCACGUGAUGAAGAGGAGGGAUGAGCCUAUACAGGAGCCAAACAGUGAGCACAGUUCUGUUCUCCCCUAUUGUGAGGGAUUCUGCACAAUCACUCUCCAGUCAUUUCCCUCUGUGGUUUGGUUGGCAGAGGUUUGAGCAAGAGGUGGGGAAGGAGUGUUGUUUUUCCUCUAAGUUGUGACUGCCGAAAAUGUCAAACGGUGUAAGGUCUGGAAUCUGGUUUUCUUUCCUUUUUUUUCCCCUUGCUGGCCGUACCCUAUUCUCUCAGAAUGUUGUUUCAUUCCAUUAUCAGUAUAUAAGAAUAAUAUUGCUUGUAUUUUUUCUCCAUGACAAUUUUCAUAUUUUGUAGUGCAACACUUUGAAUGCAUCUUCACAAUCACAGCACAGCUGUACUGGCAGGACUCAAGAAUAGAUUGCCUAUUGUUAUUUUGAGGAAAUAAUGAAAAUACUGUUAAAAAACACCUUAAAAGGAAUGCAUUUAAAUUAACUUCACCUUAAUAGGUUUGGCAAGACAUAUAGGUUGAAGAAUUGAUUCUUCACUAGACACAGUUAUAUGUUUCCAUAGAGUAGCAGACAUCUAUGGAAUUGCAGCAGUGUUGUUGAAAGGGUAAAGGAAAAUAAUGCAGUAAGAAUUAUUUGGGCUACUUUGUUACACCUGAAAUUGUGAUUGUGGAAUGUUUUAACUGCCAGUUCAAUUUGAGUCACCAACUAUAUUUAUCGUUCGUUAUGUCAUGAGCAUACAGAAUGACAUGUUACAUGUUAAAAUAGCACUAUGGGUUUGUUUUUCUUCACUCAGAUGUCUAGAAUAUAACAUAAAAGUUGAAGAUAUUGGACAGUGCAGAAAUGACCCUUCGUUCAUGUUGGAAAAUAGAGGAUUUUGAAGCCAUAUUUACACAUAUCGGUCACUUUAUCUACCAAACUGGUAACUGGCUAUACAGUUACUAAAAUAACAUGUAGACAAGAAUAUGCCAGAAUUAAGGAUUAUUGUCCUCAAUACUUUUAAUAUCAGUUAAAAUGUGCCUUAUUGAGAUAUUAACAAAUAAUUGUCUUACUGAAUGUCCAUUAAUGCUCAAGUAGUCCUAUACAUUGAGCAUAUUUACAUUACAUAUGUAUGUCUAGACAACAAGGGGCUGAAAGGUGUGAGGUAACAAUAAGAGUUUUCAAACCUUGUCCAUCCUUUGAUGGUGGAGCUGUUGUCAAGAUUGGUUGUAACCCUAUGGGGGAGAUUUUUUAGCAACAGAUUGCUAAUUUACAACUUCUGUCAUUACAGUGCCAAUAAUGUUAGGCAUAUUUACUGUGCAAUGAGUAGUUGACUCACUUUUUCACAGAACCAACUUAAGAGAGAAAUCUGCAAGCAAAUAUGUGUUUGUUUACUUUUAGUUUACUGUUAUCUGCCUUCCUUUUUUCAGUUUUAUUAUGUAUUUUGUCACAGGCAUGUUUGAAUGCCGGAUUAAGGCCCCGAUCAACUACUGAUGUAAUAGGCAGAUUUGGCCAUGUUAUUUUAUUCUGUCUUGAGUAAAGAUCCUGAAUGUGGUACUUGGGUGAGGUAUUACAAUUUGUCAUUUAAUUUCUCUGUGCUAUACUCUUGACUUGUCAGUUGAUUUAAUUAUGUUAAGACCAUCCAAUGAAUUGUGGUCUUGGAAUCACCCGUUAUCUGUACCCAUUUUAACAGUGAAACCAAAGAAAGUUAUGGGUGUUAAUAAAUACAAACACAUAUACACACA